AGGUCACACACAACCAGCAUUAUCUGGCAGGCCUCAAGGUAUGGCAGCUAGCAGCGUACAUCGACGUGAGACCCUAGAAAACCACACUUACGAAUCCGUUGACGAACUUCUCACCCGGGAUACGCUUCAGAGACAGGACUCCGGAAGGGAUGCAUCGCCGUCCCUCCCUUCCCGCCCCCCUCCCGUGGCGAAAGCACAAGAGGAGCUUCGAGCCGACGAACACCGCCUGCUGCCUAGGGUACAAAGGCCGCCUGGCUUCAAGGUCGACACCGUGAAUGAAUUUUACGUGAGCAGCGACAUCAGGGCCCGGCAACAUGGAGACAGCCAAGGGAUUAAUGGGAAGAAGUUUGACAACGCUGAUGGAAUUUGAAUCCAGAGAAAUUAAAUGUUUUUUACGAUAAGAUCAAAUGCAUUUUGUAAUUUUUU